AGAGGGAACGCCGCGAGGCUGGGAGCCGCGCUGUGCCCCGGCCACAGGCCGCUCGCGGACAGCCCGUCGUUCCGCUAAACCCAAACCAGCCGUUAACGUCCCCACCCGGAGCCGAGCCGCUGGCGCCGUUGGGCCGAACGAGGGACUCCGCGCUCCUCCCCUUCAGUCCCCCCGCCGCAGGAGCGGAACGGGCGGCCUCGCCUGCCCCUCCGGAGGCAGCAGGAGGAGGGAGCGGGGCGGCGCCGGGCCCGGCUCCUCCCAGUGGCGGGAGAGGGGGAGCGGAGGCGCACACGGGCAGGAUUAGCUCAUCUCGGCGGCGGCGGUGUAGCGACAGCCUCCCCCUGCUCCGGGCGCCCUCUCCUCGUCCCCGGCCGUGCGGCGCGGCGGCCCGUCCCCAGCCGGCUCCAUGGCUGUGUGCAAUGGAGACGCCAAGCUGGAGAAUGCUGGAGAUCUCCAGGAUGGCCAAUAUCACUAUGACGGGGCAGUGGUAAUACUCGAUGCUGGAGCUCAGUAUGGAAAAGUCAUAGAUCGUCGAGUACGAGAAUUGUUUGUCCAAUCUGAGAUCUUUCCUUUGGAGACUCCAGCCUUUGCAAUCAAGGAGCAAGGAUUCCGGGCUAUCAUCAUAUCUGGAGGACCAAACUCUGUGUAUGCGGAAGAUGCACCUUGGUUUGACCCAGCAAUAUUUACAAUCGGCAAACCAGUUCUUGGAAUCUGCUAUGGCAUGCAGAUGAUGAAUAAGGUAUUUGGAGGUACAGUGCACAAAAAAGAUGUUAGAGAAGAUGGAGUUUUCAACAUUACUCUGGAUAACACAUGCUCACUGUUCAGGGGCCUUCAGAAGGAGGAGUUUGUGCUCCUCACUCAUGGAGAUAGUGUAGAUAAAGUAGCUGAUGGGUUCAAAAUUGUUGCACAAUCUGGGAACAUUAUAGCAGGUAUAGCAAAUGAAUCUAAAAAACUGUAUGGAGUUCAGUUUCACCCGGAAGUUGGCCUUACAGAGAAUGGAAAAGUGAUACUGCAGAAUUUCCUCUAUGAUAUUGCUGGAUGCAGUGGUAACUUCACAGUAGAAAAUAGACAGCUUGCGUGUGUUCAAGAUAUCAAAGAGAAAGUGGGUUCAUCAAAAGUCCUGGUUUUACUCAGUGGAGGUGUGGACUCAACAGUGUGUACUGCUCUCCUGAACCAGGCUUUAAACCAAGACCAAAUCAUAGCUGUACACAUAGAUAAUGGAUUCAUGCGCAAGAGGGAAAGUCUGUCUGUGGAGGAGGCACUCAAAAAACUUGGAAUUCAAGUCAAAGUGGUAAAUGCAGCCCAUUCAUUCUACAAUGGUACAACAACUCUGCCAAUCUCUGAUGAAGACAGAACUCCCCGAAAAAGAAUUAGCAAGACUUUAAAUAUGACUACAAGUCCUGAGGAAAAAAGAAAAAUUAUUGGUGACACGUUUGUGAAGAUUGCCAAUGAGGUAAUUGGAGAAAUGAAUCUGAAACCUGAAGAGGUCUUUCUUGCUCAGGGAACCCUAAGACCUGAUCUCAUUGAAAGUGCUUCCCUUGUUGCAAGUGGCAAAGCUGAAGUAAUAAAAACUCAUCACAAUGACACAGAGCUGAUCAGAAAGCUGAGAGAAGAGGGUAGAGUAAUAGAACCACUAAAGGACUUCCACAAGGAUGAAGUAAGAGUGCUCGGGAGAGAACUUGGUCUCCCAGAAGAGCUGGUCUCAAGGCAUCCUUUCCCAGGUCCUGGCCUAGCAAUCAGAGUAAUAUGUGCUGAAGAACCUUAUGUUUGCAAAGACUUCCCCGAAACUAACAACAUUUUGAAAAUAGUAGCAGAUUUUUCUGCAAGUGUUAAAAAGCCACACACUCUGUUACAAAGGGUCAAAGCAUGCACAACUGAAGAGGACCAGGAGAAGCUGAUGCAGAUCACAAGCCUACAUUCACUGAAUGCCUUCUUGCUGCCAAUCAAAACGGUGGGAGUGCAGGGUGACUGUCGCUCAUAUAGCUAUGUAUGUGGGAUCUCCAGUAAAGAUGCUCCACACUGGGAGUCUCUUAUGUUCCUAUCCAGGCUCAUACCACGCAUGUGCCACAACAUUAACAGAGUUGUCUAUGUGUUCGGUCCACCAGUCAAAGAACCUCCUACAGAUGUUACACCCACUUUCCUGACAACCGGAGUCCUCAGCACUUUACGGCAAGCUGAUUUUGAGGCUCAUAAUAUUCUCAGGGAGUCUGGUUAUGCCGGAAAAAUCAGCCAGAUGCCAGUAAUUUUGACACCAUUGCAUUUUGACCGAGACCCCCUACAGAAACAACCUUCCUGCCAGAGAUCUGUGGUUAUUCGAACCUUUAUCACUAGUGACUUCAUGACAGGCAUUGCAGCAACUCCUGGCAAUGAGAUCCCAGAAGAGGUUGUGUUGAAGAUGGUGACAGAGAUUAAGAAGAUUCCUGGCAUUUCUCGGGUGAUGUAUGACUUGACAUCAAAGCCACCAGGGACUACUGAAUGGGAGUAACAAAUUUUGUUUUUCUAUUAAAGUACUGUGUGCAGUUUAAAUUAUAUCAGAAACCAUUCCCAGUGUUGACAUGCAGUACUGUGAAAAGAGUGACUGGAGCUGCUACGUAACAUCUGAUUCCUCUCCUGGAGCAUAAAUCUGCAGUUAAGAGCUAUGUUGGGGAUAACUGUAAGUGGGGCUGAGGAUUUGUACGGGUAAAUAAUCAUGGCAGCAUUGCCUGUGCGCAGACAGAUUCAUAUUGCUUUUGCCUUUUGUCUUUACUGAUUCUUCCUGUUUUCAUGUGUUUUAUUGUUACUGUCAUUUCAAUGUCUCUGUUUUUGUACACUGUGUAAAAAGAGACAGUUUAUUUACUUUUACCAAAAUCAUUGUUACAGCCUAAAAAUGUAAAAUGAAUAAUUAAUGUGACCAACUGCUUUUGAACAGAUUUAUUAUUAUAAAUAAAUAUUUUGCCAAAUGGA